AACUUUUGUUUGAAACUUUUUUUGAUAUUUCAAACGGUUAACGCGUAUUAUUGAAAAUACGCGUAUAAUAAUAGAUAAUAAUAGAUUAAAUAGCGAAUACGAAUCCUAUUAUUACAUAAUCAGUCAUCACCAAAAUUCAUUCUUCUACCUCUCCUUAGAAAUUAAGGUUUAAAUCACUACAAUCCGAAUCGCAAACGGGUUUGUAAUAAUAUUGCGAGUUAUUGUGUUACGAGAUCAUCUUACGAAACUAUCCCUUUCUCUCCGACAAACAUAUCGACAAUAACAACGGACAUCUGUAUGUAUUGAAACAUAAGAAAAUAUAUAUAUAUAUAAAUGUAGGCUGCCAAACAAUUUGUCGUACUCUCUUUGAUUGAUUAUUUGGAUAUGAACGAAUUACUACAAAAAAGGAGUCGCAAACUGUUUGGGGAGCCGGUAAGUUAUAUUGGGGAAAAAUGCGUGAAAAUGUGGGCAAUCACUAAAUUUAAUUUAAAGAGGAAUUUUAUAAAGUAAGCUCACAUGAAUAUAUUAAGAAAAGAAAACUGUAUUAAGGAUGAAAUCAAAGUGAUAUUAUACAUAUUUGACAAUAUAUAGACAAUAACGUUAGUAUAAUGAUUCGUUUCUGUUCAUGUGGGCGCACGAGUUUGAUUAUUUGAAACGAUACAGAGAGAAAUUUAAUGAAAAAUUAUGAAAAAAAAAAGAAGAUAAUAAAAUUUAAACAAACUAAUUUUGUUGUACGUUAAAAGAGUAGAUUAUAUAAAGAAAAAACUGUUCGAAAAUUACAUGUUCUUUAAGCUUUGCGCAAUUAGUGAAAAGAAAAUCUAAACGGCAAACUGGAAUUAUAUGUGCUUCCAGUGCAACUGUAUUUAACGAGAACCUGUGUUAAAAGAAAUUCAUAGUCAAUAUUAAAAAUUGUCACUCCUAUGUCAAUUCUUAUUUAUUUCUAUUCGAGUAAGAUGGCGAAGUAAUCAAACACUUUUAAAUUUUGAUCAUCAAAAACGGAUGUAUACACAUCGUCUAUCUACAACAAAAAUCUUCUUUUGUUAUAGCUGGUUAAUUAAAAUUUUCCUGUAUGUAGCAUUUCUUGUAGGAUAAAGUAGAUUGUUUCAGAGAAAAUCCUCAUUAAUACUUAUUCUUUCAAACAAAAUAAAAUAAAAUUAAAUUAAAAAGAAAUAAAACUGAUAUGAAAAGGUACAAAAAUCGAAAUGAUCUACAUUAUCGUACGUUUGCAUCGAUAAAAAAAACUAAUAAUUGUCAAUUUUACAAAGAAAAUGUAGAUAGACAAUGACAAUAAUAAGAGUAUUAAUUAAUAUAUUGAUUAAUAUUAAUUAAUGAAUAUAAAUGUAAAAGUUUUCGUCGUGGCGCCAUCUAAGAACGAAUGGUCGAAUUGUUAGUGAAAAGAUAAUACACUGUAGUGAGUUUAUCAAUCGUUGGUUAGAUGUCGCCGAGUGCACGCGAGAUGUUGAUUUUUCUUUUAAUCUGAGGUUAUGUAUAAAGUUUCCUUCGACAAUAAUUAAACGAUUACGUUUAACGCUAAUUAAGAUAAGUGUCCUCCGUCAGCGCAGCAGCGCUUUGACAGUUAUUUGUGCACUCCGAAGAUUCGUAGGCCGUCGUGGAUGCUCGGCCUGGUCCAAAAUUAAAAUAGUUGUAGUCCUGCGAGAGCGGCCGUUGCCUAACGGUGUUAAUUAUAAAGUAGCGGAUCGGGUAAAAGCAGAUGCGUCGCCUAGAAAAUGUCAGGCGACGUGCAACCGAAAAAGAGAAAAGACAAACGCAAGAAAAAAGAAGACCAUCAAGAGGACGUCCACCAGCCAACAACACCGACGCCUCCAACUCUUAUUGCUGAUGACACCAAUAUCCACAUUCACAAAGAAAAAACCAUCGGCGGCGGAAUCUGCGCCAAAUGUAUCUUCUUCAUCAUCACUCUCGCAAUCGCCAUUGUUCUCGGUUAUACCAUAGUUGAACAUCGAGGAUUAACAGACAUUGACAUCCCUCUCUCCGAAUCAAGAUUCGCCACCAUCUUUGAAGGCUGGAUUGACACUUCACCUGACCACGAUGACCAUCACGAUGAAGUCUCAUUUGAUGAUCACGACGAUCACGAAGAUGAAGAAGACGAGGGUAUAGGUUCGGAAGAAGAUGAACACGAAGAAUCGGAAGAAGCAGAACAGGAAGAAUCAGAACAAGAAGAAUCAGAACACGAAGAAUCUGAACAAGACGAAUCUGAAGUAGAACAAGAAGAAUCUGAGCAAGAAAUUGAUGAAUCUCAAGAAAUUCAAGCUGAGUCUGAUGAACAAGAUGAAGAAGAACAAGAUGAUGAAGAUGAUGAUCAAAAUUCUCAAAGUGAUGAUCAAGAUGAUGAACAACCGAUAGAAUCAGAAGAAGAAGAAGAAGAACAAACCCAAAUAUCUGAUGAACAGCAAGAAGAUGAAGAGGAUGAAGGUGUAGAAGAAAUUCCCGUAAAAGACAAAACCAAAAAAUUAAAAAGAUCGAAUCGAAAAGAUGUUUCAGAUGAAGACAAGGACGAAGAUCAAGAAGGUGAUGAAAACGAUGUGGAUGAUGCAACGAACGGAGCAAACACCGGAAUGGCAGCCAAAGUAAGCGUAGGAGUCGCCCUGUUGAUCGUCGCGUAUGUGGUACUGAUAAAGAAAUGGAAAACCGAACGAACGGAUAAACCAUCAUCGAAACGAGAAGAUGAACACCAAAAAGAAGACGCAAAUUUGUCGAGGAGAAACACAAUCGUACCUCCUCCGACGUUAGAAGAAAUUGAGCAGGAUCUCGAAAACGAAGAAGAAUAUUCAGAAGAAGAGGAGGAAGAAGAAAGCGACUCCGAAAUCCACGUUCCAGCUACAAAGAAGCAAUACGAAGAACUACGAGCUAAAUACACAAGAUCUUUAACUCCCGAAACCAAAGAAGAUUACGAAGAAGACGAAGAUGUUGACGAAGAAGAGGAAGAAUAUGAAGAAGAAUAUGAGGAAGAAGAUGAGGAUGAGGAAUUGAUGAAGAAAUUAGAGGAGAAGUACGGGAAGCUGGGUUCUAAAAAUAAAUAUGAAGACGAAGAGGAGGAGGAGGAGGAGGAAGAAAUAGAAGAGGAGGAAGAUGAUAUUGAAGAUGGAGGGUGGAAACGAGUGCAAGAAUCAGAUUCGGACGAUGACAAGCCAAUUAAAAAACGAUCAGGCGCUCAAUCGUAUGAAUUUGAAAAUAUUACAAACUCUCAAGAUUAUUUAAUUAGAGAUAGUUUAGACACGGCUGAACGACACUUACCCAAUAAUUUACCCUUAGCCUUAACCCUAUUCAUAAAAAUCCUUGAAGAUCAUCCGGGAUCGCCGCGUGCCCUCUAUGGGCGCGCGAGGGCCUUAGAUCAACUUGCGGAAAAGAAACGAAGCAACGAAAUACUACAAGAAUCAAUUAAGUAUUUCGCAAAAGUCCUUAAUGCCAAAUAUGUACCUGACGCGUUGUUUUUAGCAGCUGCCAAAAGAUGUAUUGAGAGAAUGAGAUUUAUAGGAAACUACGCAAAAUCAAUUGAAAUUCACCAAAAACUUUUAGAAAAAUUUCCCAACGAAAUAAAAUAUAGAAACGAUUUUGCAGUCACAUUAUUAACAAUAAACAAAGUCACAACAGCAAGAAUGUUACUUUUGGAAACUUUGGAAAAAUGGCCUGAAGAUGGUUUCGCCUUAGUCCAUUACGGUUUUAUCUUAAAAACAGUUGACAAUAACUUAUCUUUAGCAAUAGAAUACCUCACCAAAGGAAUCGCAACAAAAGAACCGGGUGUUAUUGACGGAAGAUUUUACUUUCAUUUAGGCGAUGCUUUAGCGAGAAUCGGGAAACCAGAGGAAGCUAUAAAAAUAUACGAAGACGGUGUGAUAAAUAAGGUUUUUUUGUCGAAAUACCAAAGAUCGCUUUAUAAUGUAAAUAGAUUAACAGGAAAACCUUUUUGGGAACCAGAACAAACACCGUAUGAUAAACUUUACGAGCUUCUCCGACAAAAUUGGAAAGAAAUACGUAAUGAAGGUCUUUCUAUGCUUGACAAAAAAGGUUAUUUCAAAGACGAAUCCGAAAAUCUCAAAGACGUAGGCGACUGGAAACAAUUUGAACUGUAUGCUCGAGGUGUUAAAAACAAAGAAAACUGCCUUAAAUGUCCCAUAACUUGCCAAAUUAUCGAAGCAUCCCCAGAAACAAGAACCUGCAGAAGAGGACAGGUUAAAUUUAGCGUCAUGCAUCCAGGAACGCACGUAUGGCCUCAUUGCGGACCAACUAAUUGUCGUUUAAGAGUUCAUUUAGGGCUAAAAGUACCUCCAAAAACUUACAUUCGAGUAGCUGAAGAAAUAAGGAGCUGGGAAGAGGGGAAAAUUAUUGUUUUCGACGAUAGCUUCGAGCACGAAGUUUGGCAUAAUGGCACCGAAUAUCGACUCGUUCUCAUCGUCGAUGUCUGGCAUCCUGAAUUAACCAAAGCGGAACGGGUCAACUUAUCACCAAUUUAAAUCAUCCUAUAUUUUUUAUUAGUAAAUUCACGGCUGUACAAUAUUUUAAUAUAUACUUAUUA